AUGGGCGCGCGCGCCCCAGAGCGUUGCGCAUCAUGCGAUUUGGAGGGCGCGCGGUCGGGCGACGGCGCGGUGGAGAAAGACAACGAGCAGUAUGCGAUGGGGUCCUACAGGGUUGUGGUGGGCGCUAUUGGGGUCCUCGUGAGGUUCUUUCGGUUGGCACUGUUCAUUGCGGCCUUCAUGGGCCCGUUCGGGCGCCUUGGAGCGCUUGGGAGCGCCUGGGAAGUCUCCGACGGCUUCUCGGACGACGGCUUCUCGGACGACCUGAAAGGCUAUGUGGACGGAUCGCAGCUCAACAAGCAUGGCGACGCAGAGAGCAAGUGGCCGAUCUACCACGGCCCGUCGGGGGUGCACGGCGACGAUGGUGUCCUCCAGCUGAAGCACACCGAGGAGGACCACGACGCGGGCCUCCGAGCGUACUGCGCUGACGUAAUGGACGGGCUCCCUUGCCAUCAGGACUGGCAGACCAGCGACGGGGAGGCCAUGCUCCUGCAAUACGUUUCCAAGUAUGUGGCAAAGUUCUCGGACAGCAGCUACGACGAGUGGAUGAGCGACAAGGCCUCCGCGGACAGCGUGGCCAGGCGCGUCUGCUUCGAGUACCACCCCUACGAGCCAGAGAUGAUCCUGCAGCUGUGUGGAGCGCAAUUCAGACAGUACGACAUCUCUACGGUCAGCGGCGGCUUCCGCACCGUGACGGCGCCUUACUCGGGCAUGGCGGAUGUGCCCGACUGGGUCCAGAGGUAUGCUGACUGCGCGUGGCGCCACGAGGGCAUGACGCUCUUGGAGUGGCUUCGGAAGACUACUGACGACGGCGCCAUCGCCGGAUGGCUGAAGCGCAAGCACAAGCAGGAGCUGGUGUUGGCCCUGCACAGGCGGUACCGCGCGACCGUGCCAGAGGGCGAGGAGCCCCAGGCGCUCGACGCUCACUGGCGAUUCCUGCGCGCUGAGUACAAAGGCAUGGCCGAUGCUGAUGGCGGAGGUAGCGGGAACAGUGACAAAGACUCCGACGCCGAAGACGAGGAGCAGCCGAAUACCUUCGAGGAGUUCCUCGCGAAGAAGCACAGAGACGAAAAGAGCGAGGGCGAGGACGACUUGCCGAACCUCAAGGAGUUCGCGCGAGCCUACCGCAUGCAGGGCGAGAAGGUGGUCAGCGUCGACACGGUAUACGAGCUCAACGACCGCUACUACGGCCAGUGGGCUGCAAUGAACGUGCCGUUCCGAUCGCUCGACGAGCUCGAGUUCGAGGAUGUCAAUCGCCUGGUUCCGCAGAAAUACAAGUAUCUCGCGGCGGCGCUGCGACUGUGCUCUGACCAGGGCCGCGUCGCUGAAGAGCACCAUGACUUGUUCACCGAUGACAGGCGGCUCGUGGACUACAUGAGCGCUUCCGCGAAGUCCAGCAAGUUCACCGAGGCUGUGCAUCGCAUGAUCGUGGGCCAACGGAAGUUGAUCAACAUGUACCUGACGGGCAUCAUCGGCAAGGCCGACGAGAAGGCCGCGGCCGACGCCGAGGCCGCGGUCAUCGGCAACCGCAGGCCAGCGCGCGGCGAGGGCGACGAGCAGGUCGACUUCAACCCGAAGCAGUUGCAGCUGGAGAAAGCGAUCAACGAGCGCGUGGACCGUGCCGUGCGGGCGGAGCUGUCGGAGGACUGGGAGGAGGCGGACGAGGCGCGCGAGGAAGCCUACAAGAAGAACACGCCCGUCAUCUGCCUUGGGAAGCCUGGGACGGGGAAAACGACCGUGGUGAAGUCUUCCAUUCGCCGCGCCCAGGAGCAAGGCGCGCGCGUGCUCUUCGCCCUCCCGACGGCGCAGCUGUCCAGCCGCAUGAAGCAAGCACUGCAAGGCCUGGACGGCUUAACAAUCGAUACGUGCCACGCCGCAUUCAAGUUGCAUGAGCCCAUCUCGGAGAGUCUUCACAGGAUGACGGACUUCGACUUGGUAGUGGUUGACGAGGUAUCGCUGCUGAGCUGCGACAGUUUCGAGCGCAUCCUGAAGCUGUGGAGCGUCGCUGGGAAAGUCCCCGCGCUGGUCUUCCUCGGGGACAAGCACCAGCUCCCGGGGGUCGAGCCGACACGUCCGUGGGAGAGUGCCGCAUGGAAGCAGCCGCGCUGCUUCCACGUGAAGCUCACCGAGACCUGGCGGUGCAAGGAGGAGCGCUUCCAGGAGAUCCUGGACGAGCUUCGGACAGCGUGGAAGAGCAGAGGCGAUCCCACGCCCGCCGAAAUGAAGAAGCUCUUCGAGAAGCACCCAGACACGCGGAUCGUCACCUGCACGCGCAGGGGCGCCGCGGCCGUGAACGAGGCUGCAGUCGCUGCGCUGUACGGCCGCAAGACCCCGCUGGCCACGCUGGACGGCGACGUGGAACUCAACCCCGAGAACUACCUGGAUGGCAAGCUCCGCACGGACCGCAGGCUGGUUCCAAGCAAAGUGCCGAUCUAUAAGGGGAUGAAGUUGUACCUGACGAAGAACAAGAACAAGGAGGCUGACGAGGUCAACGGCAUGCUUUGCGAGGUGGAGAACUACCACGCCGAGGAGGACAUGCUGCGCGUGAUGACGAAGACUGGCCAUCGUCUGGCCAUCACUCGCUGGACCGAUCGCGAGAAGGGCAACGCGGUCUACUUUCCAAUCCGCCUCGGGUACGCCAGCACCAUCGACAAAGUGCAAGGCGACGAGUUCCCCCACAUCACAAUAUACCUGGACGGAUGGCCCCGACCAGCAGCCGGGUAUACAGCGCUCAGCCGUGUCGCGACGUCGGACGACUACCUGAUCGGCGGCUACGUGGAGCGCGACAACUUCAUACCCGCGUGCAUGGGCUCGACCCUCUUGGCCAUGGCAUUGCACUUCAUGAACGGCUGGUUGCCAGUGCGCUUCCCUGAUGCCGUGUGUGAGCUCCAGCCAGGAUUUUCCCAAGCCGCAGGCACACCCAGAAAGGCUCUAGAGUAUAAUGCUCGAGAUGCCCCCUGCCGCUGCUCUUGCCCCCUGCUUUCCUGCGCCGCCAUCGGGCUCGAAGCAAAACUGUGCCAGCGCCUCGCGCUGCCUUGCUACCAGCCCAGCACGCCCCGCACCGAGCAGCCGCUACCGAGCUGGGAGAUCAUGCCGCCCAAAUUCCGACAGGUUGACGUGCUCGCUGCGCUCCGCCGCGGGGAGGCUGAGGAAGUCAUUCGUGCCGACCUCCGGGCCCGCGGAUGCCCGCCGCCGCGCAUCUCCCAGCUGUUCAAGGGCGCGCGCGACAUCAUGAGGGCGGAUGUCGAUGCUGAGUAUGUGGAGGCGGAGCACAUGGCGCUGGCCGUGCGGAAGCGGCCAGCCAGCGCCGUGCCGAUGGCAGCGGCGGCGGCGCGGCGCCGCCUGAGCGGAAAGCAGCCCGGCGCGGCUGUCGCGCCGCCCCCGCCGCCGCUCCCGCACCCGCAGAAACGCCCGGCGUCUCAGCCUGGCGCCAGGGCGCCGAAGCAGCCGAGGAUCGAGGGCGACGCGGGUAUCGACAACGCCGUGGCGGCGGGCCCAGUGGUGAAGAAGCCGGCAAGGUCUCGCGGCUCGUCUGAUUUCUGCAUCGGCUGGGAGCAGCCGCAGGAGGGCUCCGACGAGGUCAUCCAGCAGGACUGCGUGUUCUCCACCUCCACUCCUGGCGCCAAGGUCUUUCGGUGGCGCAGCGGGAAGAAACAGUGUUUCUGCUGCGACGUCGAUGCCCUGCCGGAGAAGGUGAAGACAGUCAAGGGCAGGGCGGGCGCCAUGCGCUACCUGAGGGCGCUCCACCAGUUCGAGGACAAGACCCCGUACGACCUCUUCAAGGCGAGGGUGGAGAAGGCCGGAUUCGAGAUCCCCGAGGACCGCGUCAGGCAGCCGAAGCGCGGCCGCAAGCCAACCGAGAAGAAAGUGGCGGACUGGGCCGAUGCCAAGGCGAAGCGGCAGACCACCCAGGAGCCGCCCGACCGCAAGCAGAAGCGCAAGUUCCGCCAGGAGGUGCUCGAGGACCAGCGGUACGCGAAGAACCUCGUCUUCCCUGGGUCGGAGAGGCGCGAGCGCGCCUCUGAAGCGGAGCUGGGCGCACCCCUGGACAACGGGAUUGGCCUCCCGCCUGCGAAGUACUCCGACUACUCCAAGGCCUUGGAGGCCUGGUGCCUCCGCGGCUCCUGGGGCAUGUGCCCGAAGUGCCAGGCGAUGCAGCCGCGCGAGUUUUACGAGACGGACCUCAGGCGCGAGCGCAAGCCCGAGCUGACCAAGUCGCAGUGCAAGCUCUGCAACGCAAAGCGCAAGCACUACGUCCCGAAGCCCGAGGACGUCCCGAAGCCGCUGCAGGACCUCACGCCCGAGAUCAUCAGUGCGCUGAGCCUGCUGGAUGUGGACGUCGGCGCGGUGGUCCGCUCCCACGACGCCAAGGGGAAACCCAACGGCUACCGCAAGAAAGUGAAGAUGAUCCGCUUCUCAUGGUCGGAGCACGCCCCGAAGAAGAAGUUCAGGAACGUCCCGCACGCGGAUCGCGAGAAGGCGAAGGCCGCCUACGAUUACCUGAUGGACAGCAAGGAGAGCUGCUACAGGGACUUCAAGAUGCAGCGCGAGAAGUUCUUCGACGGCAAGAGCCGCAAGCCCGACGAGCGCCAGCGCAAGCGCCCGAUCAACUUCAUCGAGCAGGUCGGUCUCGAGUGCGCCAUCUGGCCCCACCUGUACUGGAAGAAAAAAAUGUGCGAGUCGUACGAACGCUACACAGACGAGCGCCGCGAGGAGCGGCGCGCCCGCAAGAAGAGCGGCCGUGGCGCUGCGGCAGAGGACGACGAUGACUCAUACAGUGGCAGCGACGACGAUCACGGCGCGCAGCCCGCGGGGGCAGGCCGCGACCCGCACGAUGGCCAGGACAGCGACCAGGAGAGCGACAACGGCGACGGCGACUCCUCGGACUCCGGCAGCGAGCCAGACGACAACGACAGCGACAAAGAGGAAGAGGAUGAUGCAGGCGAGGCAGAGGGCUCUGGGCGACACAGCAUCAAGAAGAGCUUCAUGGCCAAGGUCCUCUCGCCGCUGAUCGGCUACGGCACGUCCUUCGAGCUGCUCCAGUACGUCUACGACCUGAACCUCUGGAGCACGCUCGGCAGUCGCAAGAACCUCGGCCUCGGUGGCAAGGUACCCAUGCGCGUGCUCAUGAAGGGCAACUCCUUCAGCCCGCUCUACUGGAAGGAGGUCCACAACGGCCUGAUCGACCUGGUCCGCCAGGUGGGCAUGCCGAAGAUCUUCUGGACAAUCUCGCCCUACGAGUACCUCGCACCCUACCACGAGUGGGUCCAGGACGAGAUGUCCAAGAGCCUGCGCAAGCGGAUGCACCUCCCCGCGGCGGAGAGCCUCCACAUGACGCACUCGCUCCUCCAGAUCACGCACGGGCUCCUCACGGGCGUCAAUAGGACGAGCGACAAGCGGAAGCAAGCUGGCGGCGGCGCGUGGAAGAAACACAUCCUGAGCAGCAAGGACGAGGGCGGCAAACCCAUCAAGCUCGUCGUCUUCGCGCGCAUCGAGUUCCAAGACGGGAGCCGCAAGGCGGGCACCUUCCGCUACCAAGGCAGCGGCCGCCCGCACGCGCACGUGCUCAUCUUCGCGGACGAGCUCGAACCCGCGAAGUUGGAGCAGUUCGUCAAGGCGAGCAUGCCCGCGGCGGAGGACCUGGCGCUGAAGGGCAAGGUCAAGUGCUCGCAGAAGGACCGCGACGAGGACUGGAAGUGGCCUAUCCACGACGGCCCCGAGGGCUGGAACGACGACGACGGCACGCUCAAGCUGAAGCACUCCGCGGAGGACAGGGACGAGGGCGUCCACCGCGCCUUUUUCGUGGACGUCAUGGACGGCUUCCCUUGCCACCAAGACCUCCAGGUCUCAGACGGAGAGUCCAUGCUGCUUCAGUACGUGGCGAAGUACGCAGCCAAAUUCUCCGACUCCUCCUUCGACGAGUGGUUCAACGACGAGGGAUCUGCGACCUCGGUGGCGCGCCGCAUGGUCAACGAGUACCACCCCUACGAGCCCGAGAUGUGGCUCCAGCUCAACGGCCAGAACUUCAAGCAGUGGCACGUCUCCACCGUCAGCAGGGGCAAGCGCGACAUCCAGUACUGCGCGGCCAGCCGCACCUGGCGCCGCGCCGACAUGCCCCUGCUAGAGUUCCUGCGGAAGACUGGAGACGACGGCCAGAUCGUCCACUGGAUUCAGAAGCCGUGGCGCGAGGAGGUGCUCGUCGUUGCCUUCGCCAAAUACGUCAAGGAGGGCGGCAAGCUGCCAUUCCAGAAGUUCCGCGUCGGCGCCACGAAGAAGGAGUUCAAGGCCUUUGCAGGGAGAGAGGAGCAAGGCGCCGACGACUUCCGCGCGUUCGCCAAGUGGCACGUCGAAGAGAAGCUGAACGCGGAGAUGAGCGGGCAGGUGCAGAUCGACCCGCUCGAGGUGGCCUCGCUCGCAGACUUUGCCAACGACUACCCGAUGAACGGCGAGAAGAUCGUCGGUGUCGACCACGUCUAUCGCCUGAACGAUAAGUUCUUCGGCCAGUGGCUGGCGCUGCACGUGCCUUUCUCGAACAGCAUGGACGAGCUCCUGGACGCGGACGUCGAUCGCCUGGUGCCCAAGAAGUACCGCUGGUUCGCCACGGCGCUGCGGCGCUGCGACGACCACGACCGCGUGCCCGUCGAGCUCCGCGACUUCUGGAGGCUGCCCCACAGGAUCAGGAGCGAGAUGAAGCAGGAGGCCAGCACCGACGACCACAUCGAGGACGUCCAGGAGAUGGUCCACGGACAGAUGGAACUGGUGGACGAGUACCUGUCGGGCGCACGCAACCGCGCCGAGGAGGAGACAGCCGCGGCGGCUGCGGCGGCGACGAGCGGCCGCCGCGGGGGCGCUGGCCCCGCCGCCCCGCACCAGUUCAACGCCCAGCAGAAGAAGGUGGAGAAGGCCGUCAACAAGGCCGUCGACCGCGCCGUCAUCUAUAACCACAGCGACAGCGCCUCCGCGGUCGAGAGAGCGGGCGACGAUGCCUGGCAGAACAACACGCCGACCAUCGUCCUUGGCAAGCCAGGCACGGGCAAGACCACCGUCGUCAAGGAGUGCAUCCGCCGCGCCUGCGAGAAGGGCGCCCAGGUCCUCUUCGCGCUGCCCACGGCGCAGCUCGCGAGCCGCAUGAAGGAGGCCCUCCGCGGCAUCCCGAACGUCUGCGUGGACACCUGCCACGCGGCCUUCAAGUUCGGCCAGCCCGAGUCCGAGACGCUGCACCUCAUGAGCUCCUACGACAUGGUCGUGGUCGACGAGAUCUCGCUCCUCGAUAUGCCCCACUUCGAGAAGCUCAUGAAGAUGUGGGCCGCGGCGCAGAAGCUCCCUGCCUUUGUCAUCCUGGGCGACAAGUACCAGCUGCCCGCCAUUGACGCGGUCAAGAACGGUCGCCCCUGGGAGAGCGCCGCCUGGAAGAAAUGCAGAGUGAUCACCCUGCACCAGGCCUGGCGCUGCAAAGACCCCGAGUUCCUCAAGGUCCUCGACAAGCUCCGCGUGGACAAACCCAGCAAGAAAAUGCUCAGGAGCAUGUGCCGCGGCCGCAAAGCCUGGAACUGGGAGCACCCCGACGCGGACGACAUCAAGCGCCACCUCGACGAGCAUCCAGAGACCGUCAUCGUCACGUGCACGCGCCACAAAGCGGAGGAGCUCAACAACCUCGCCGUGGAGGGCCUCUUCGCGGGGCGCAGGCCCAUCGCGGUGAUCGAUGGGGACAUCGACAUCAACCCCGAGAACUACACCAAGGACGGCUUCCGCGACGACCGCAGGCCCCUUCCAGCCAAGGUGCCGAUCUACAGAGGUGCUUGUCUCUACCUCACACAGAACGUGCGCAAGGAGGACGACUACGUGAACGGCAUGGCCUGCACCGUCGAGAGGUUCACGCCGAACGGCGACGGCGGCACGCUCCUCGUCCGCACCAAGACGAACCAGCUCCUGCCCAUCACCAAGUGGACCAACAAGAAGGUCGAUGGCCGCAGCGUGCGCCACUUCCCCAUCAGGCUCGGCUACGCGAGCACCAUCCACAAGGUGCAAGGGGAUGAGUUCAAGCACAUCACCGUCGUGCUCGACAAGCAGUUCUGCCCCGCGGCGGGCUACACGGCGCUGUCGCGCGUGGAGCGCGCUGCCGACUACAAGCUCGCGGGCACGUUGGCGCCCGAGCACUUCGUGCCCGCCGCCUGGAUGGAUCCCUCCUGA